ACCACACUGAGUACAAGAAGAAGAAAAUGCUGCGGUUAUGUCACUCUGAACACAUGUGCUGAGACGGUAGAAGAAGAAUAUUUACUCACUUUUUCAGGAAAGCAUGGCGAAAAAUAAACAGAAGGGUAAAAAACAGCAGAAUGUGUUCCAAGUGGCUAACAGGCAGUCCAAGCCCAAGUCCAAAACUAAGCCGGUGAAGACUUCAUUAAAGCAUAUAAACACCCUGAAAAAAGAGAAAGUGGAGAACUUGAAUCAGAUGUUCUCUGAGGUGCAGAGGGACAUGAAAAGUAUCUCAAAAUCUACAGCCAAAGAAUCUACAGAAAAAACACUGACCUCCAGGGAGAAACUGCAGGAGUCUGUGAAUGUGGAUGGAGCUGCCCAACUUUUGUCUCAACUUUAGUGAUGCAUAUUGUUCCAAACAAAGUCUCAUGAACAAGAUCUGCACACAUUACAUGAAAUUAGUUAAUCAAACAUAAGGUCUGGAUCAAAUGAAUACGCCUAUGUAGGAAAAUUAUCUCAAGUCAGAGUUCAUGUAAUAAAUGUGUUCACAAUAUGUAUGCCUGUAUAUUCAAGGAUAAUUGACAUUCAAGCCUGAAUGACAGCAGGUGCUUAAAAGGAGUAAGUUCCUGAAUUUGCAGUUUGUAUCAUGUAUUUAAAUGUUAGCUGGUCUGUUUACCAAAAUGAUGAGGGCUUCAGGUAUUUUAUAGUGUUUUUGUCAUUCCAAGAUCAAUAAGACAAAAUGAAUGAGUUCUGCUUAGUAAAUACAGAAAUGGGUAUAAUUCAGCAGCAUGAUCAUCUUGAAAUGGACAUUUGUACAGUUUUGAAAUCAUGAGAUUUGGUAUGUUGAGAAUACAAACUUUAAAACUGGUUUAAAGUGUACAUUUCCAAGUGACAACUUAAAUUUGUAUAGCUUUGAUGUGAUAAAUUUAAGGCAUUUGUGAUGGUCAGUAUUUUAUUAAAGAAUGCUUUUAAUUUAAA